UCACCAAGAUGACAGCCAAGGUCAUUGUGUUAGCUGUGUUGGUGGCAGCCGCCAUGGCUCGCCCACGGCCACAGUACUACGGUGCUCCGGCACCCGUGCCCAUCCGCCCUGCCCCAUUCCACAACCGCCCCUCACCAAUUCCCGCCCCUUCUUAUGCUCCUAGCUAUAGCCGUCCAGCACCUGUGCCCCUGGGUCCUGCUCAGUACAACUUCGACUACUCCGUGAGUGACAACUUUGGUAACGACUUCGGCCAUCAAGAAAAUCGUAACGGCUACAACACCCAGGGGACUUACUACGUCCAGCUCCCCGACGGUCGCCUGCAGAAGGUGACUUACGUUGUAAACGGCGACUCCGGCUACGUUGCCCAAGUUGAAUAUCAAGGAGAAGCCAAGUACCCGGCCUACCAUCCCGCCCCAUCUUACCACCCCGCUCCCAGCUACGGCUAAUCUCAGUGCAACAUUUGGACAUUUAAUGACAUGGUUAUUAUAGAGAAAAGUUAAUCUAUAAUUAAAAUUUAAUUAUAUUACAGAGGAAACUAAUAUAAGAAUGUAAAGCUAAUUUACGAAUGAAAUGUAAGGUGAAAUUAAAAUUCAUUAUGAACAGUUACACAUACGUUUAAUUCCUAAUUAAAGUAACUUACGCUGAUCUAAGUUAUAUAAAAUAUGAACGUAUCAACGUUAAUGUAACUUAUAUUUCCAUUUUAUAUGAUACUAAUAUAAC